AUGUCCGACUCUCAGGGAAAGAAGAUCACUCCAUGGGGGGCGAUCAAGGAGGUUUUCAACUGGUAUCCAUCUGAGUAUCCGGCGGAAGAGCGAAAGUACGGGCAUCGGUGCUUCAAUUUCAAAAGGGUGAAACUGACAGAGACUAGAUUGCUGUUCAAGCUCGACCUAUCGAUUCUGAUCUUUGCCUGCCUAUGUUUCUUCACCAAAUUCCUCGACCAAACCAACAUCAGCAAUGCCUUCGUCAGCGGCAUGAAAGAAGAGCUCCAUCUCUACGGCAAUGAGCUGAACUGGUUUAACACCUACUACUACAUCGCCUAUGUUAUUUCUCAAAUCCCGUUCAUGCUCUUGAUAUCCCGACCGAAGAUAUCGCGCUGGCUUCUCCCAUCUCUCGAGGUGAUAUGGGGUGUCCUCACCUUUGCCCAAAGCCGCGUCACGAGUGCUAAGCAAUUAUACGCACUCCGUUUCCUCGUUGGUAUGGCAGAAACGCCCGUUUUCGCUGGGACGCAUUUCAUUCUCGGAUCUUGGUACAGUGGUCCCGAACUCUUCAAGCGCGCUGGAACGUGGUUCAUCUGCAACUCCCUUGGAUCCAUGUUCAGCGGGUAUUUACAGGCAGCGGCCUACAAGAACCUCUCUGGUGUUGGGGGAAUGUCCGGGUGGAGAUGGCUGUUCAUUAUCGAUGGGAUCAUUACGAUUCCAAUCGCGCUGAUUGGAUUCGUCGUUUUCCCUGGAGUUCCGGAUUCGCCGAAGGUGUGGUAUUUCAAGGACAGCGACAUCGUGUUAGCAAAGCAACGAAUGGCGAAAGCCAAGGUAAAGAAGGCUGGUCGGCUGAGCCUUGACGUUUUCAAAAGAACGCUGUCGAGGUGGCAUUGGUACAUCUUUGUUUUGUGCUACAUUUGCAUGAUCAUCGCCAGUUACCCAGCCGGCUAUAUGGGUCUCUGGCUGAAGCAGGAAAAGUACCCAGUGUCAGAAGUGAACACGUAUCCAACGGUCAUAUAUGCGAUCACCGCCGUCUCUUCCUGGCUAGGCACUACUCUUGCAUCGAUCUAUCCGUCGUGGAUAAUAUACUCCAUUUCCAUGGCAUCAAUGGUUUUCUCCUGCAUUUGUAUGACGGUGUGGAUGAUACCGACCGGCCUCAAGUUCGUUGCAUGGUACUUGCUUGGCUUAUCUGGAUGCGCGAGUCCAAUUCUGUAUUCUACCGUCAACACCGUUAUCAAAGGCGAUGCAGAAGAAAGAGCUCUGGUGAUUGGGUCCAUGAUGUCCAUAGGUUACUCCUUCAACAUCUGGGUACCGCUGUUCCUUUUCCCCACAGUGGGCAAGUAUGGUGCGCCAAGAUGGUCGAAAGGAUGGCCGACCGUUAUCGCCUUCUGGACGUUGCUAUGGUUGGGUUUCAUCGCAGCGGUCGUUCUCCAUCGGAGAGAGUAA